UAAAUUAAAAUUUAAAAUCUUUAAGGCAAUAUUCGCGUGUGUUUGAAAUUUGAGUAAAUUUUGGAAACAUCUUUCAGUGUCAUAGAUGGCUCGCCAUUAUAAUUAAUGUAAUGAGAAGACAAAUUGACUGGUACUUUAUUUCAUGGGUUGAUAUUUCCAAAUACCCCAUAUAAGUAUUACUAAAUCGCUAUUACUUGAAAGUGUGAAGACUUGUGGUCGUUGGAAAGUUUAAGAAUAAAAGGAAAGCCAGGUGAUGGAUACUAACUCACUAGGCCGAAGCAGACAGCCGCCAGCGGCAAGAAACCACAUCGUUUACACCGAUCAUAAAGGAAGAAAGAUCCCUUACGCGGACAAGAUCACCCCGGAGCCGAUCCUCAACAACAAUGCGGGGCGAGACACAAAGGCGGACUCGAUCAGGAACAGUUAUAAUAGCCAAUUCAAAGUUGGCAUUUACGGCUGGAGGAAGAAAUGUCUCUACAUUCUUGUCAUGGCGCUCAUGCUUAUGAUGAUUAUCAAUCUCGCUUUGACGCUGUGGGUCUUGAAAGUAUUGGAUUUCAAUUCGGAAGGCAUGGGUCAACUCAGGAUAGUUCCUGGCGGCAUACAGUUGCUUGGACAGGCACUGGUAUUGGAUUCGCUGUUUGCAUCGAGCAUCAAGUCACGCCGAGGGCAGCCUAUCUCUAUAGAGUCAUCCAGAAAUUUUACAGUGUCCACCCGGGAUUCACUCGGCGUGAUGCAGAGCAGAUUAUUUUUAGGUCACGACCGCUUGGAAGUAAAUGCCGCUCGCUUUGAAGUGCGCGACACGCGGGGCGCUUUGCUGCUGGGAGCUGACCAGGAUGCGGUGACCAUCGGCGCAGACAACCUCGUGGUGUCGAGCCCGGCCGGCGCCUCCUUUAACACCGCCGUACAGGCGCCGCUGGUCAAAGCGCCACCGUCUAAGCAAUUGAUGUUAGAAUCCCCUACCCGGUCUUUGGAGAUGCACGCGGCUCAGAGCAUAGCUUUAGAGUCUCGCGCUGGUGACAUCAGUGCAAGCUGCCUAUCCACCUUCAGACUACGGUCUAUCGCCGGCGCGAUACGGUUAGAUGCGCCGAGCAUUUAUAUGCCGAAGCUGAAGUCAGCGUUGCCUCUACCUCCGUCAACGCCUCACACACAUGAUCCCCACCAUCAAAACAUAUACCAGCUUUGUGCGUGUGCUAAUGGCAAGCUGUUUCUAGCGCCACCCCAUGGCGUUUGUGCUGCAAGAGAAGAGAGCUUAAUUUGCCGAUGAUGCUUUAAACUGUAUAGGAACGUAAGCUGUGUAGUAAAAAUUGUGUAGGAAGGUGUAGAAUCUGUUAUAGUUUGACUACUUUUGGAAGUCUGUUUGGUUUUGAAUGUAGUAGUAAGUACAGACAAGCGUUUGAAAGGCGCUUUGGACAGAAGGAACAUCAGCAAUGCAAAUCUGCAUUGUUAUGUUCCUUCAGUUUAUAUCACAGAACAGACUUAAGCUACGCUUAAGCGUA